AUGGCAAUGCUAGCUUCAAAAUCACCGUACGCGGCAACCCUGGUCCCAUCACCUGCUCCCCUAUCCUCUGCCGUGCAGAGUACACAAAAUCAUAAUCGGAGAACCCCUAUGAUGCCUUACUCGAGUCACUCGCUGGUCAGUCCUACGGCAUCCGAGUUUUCUGACGCUGAUGGUCCGGAACCCGCUAAAAAUUGGAGCGAAGAGAAAGUAUGUGACUGGCUGGCUAGCAUAAAUUGUUCAGAGUAUGAAAAUUUGUUUCGCAAGAAUAAUAUCAAUGGGGAAAAUUUGCUCGAAAUGGAUAAAGCAGUCUUGCAAGAAAUUGGCAUUGAAAAAAUUGGUGACCGGGUCCGCCUCUAUCUAAAUAUUAAAAAGCUCCGAACAAAGGCGUACGUAAACCAAAAAAAGAGAAGUCGAGACUCUUUCGUAAGCCUUGGAAAAGUUGCUCCUUCAUCCAAAGAUGCGACCCGGCGUGCAAAUCACCCUAAAAGGUCCAUUCCAGUAUCCACAGCAAGUAAAAGAUAUUCCAGGCAAUUCGAAGGUUUCAACCCUGCAUCUACGAUUCCUGAGGUUGUUAUUGACUCAGACCCAAACCCAAUAUCACCCACUGAAAACCAUACGCUCCGGAACCAUAAAGCUUCUGGUCUAAUCAAAUCUAUCGAGGCAGGUAGAAAGAACCACACGUCAUCAGGGUCUAGUGGAUCUGGUUAUGCGCCAAAGUUAGGACCACGUAGACCAAGCGUAUCUUCAGAUUCUCAACAGGUCCCGCCUCAGACUUCACAAGUGGGCCAAAGUCACAAGCCAAGUAAGGGCAGUAUUGACGGAUCCAUGAUGGGACAACUACCACAAGGCUCAGAUAUAAUCCGCGUCAUAUCCUCCGGGGGAGCCUCCAAGAUUAUUCGAGUAGCCGAUUGUGGAUCAUGUGAUGAAGUAAUGAGAAUGACAUUACGAAAGUUUGGUUACAGGGAGGACCACGAUCGCAAUUACUGUUUCUACGUUUUGGACGGCAAAGAGCCGGACCCUACAAGAUGUCGGCAACUUCCAGAAGACGAGCUGUGGAGAAUAAUAAAGGAUAUGACUAGGUCGGAAAGAAAUCGACUAAUACUCAGAAAAAUACACCAAGGCGUGCCAGGUAGUCCAGAACUUCAUCGAGCGGCUGCCAUCGCGGUAGAAGAGGCUGCAACUGUGAGUAAUCAGGCCCCAAGGGCCUUUGAGGAAAAGGCUCAAGCAAAGAGUACAAAGCUUGUAAAUGAUACAUGGAAAUCUACACAACAGUAUUCGCUGUCGCCAACCUCCUAUACCUCAACAUCACCUGGCGAACGAGAACGAAACGUUCAUAAUGCUGCCAAAGAUCUUGAACGCCCAUCAGCUCCAGAGAUACAAGGAGCAUUUAAUAGACCUCUAGAAAAUAAACAGGGUGUUCUGCGGCAAUUUUUUGGUGCAAGACCUCCGAGCGAACUUAUUACGUCGGACUUAACUACGUACUUUCCGGAUCAUCCUAGAGAGGAAAUUGACCGUACUGCUCGACUAUCUCUCCGAAGAUCGACUCGUCUGAGUAAAGUUAACAGUCGUCUAAGUGUUGCAAGCAACUUUAGCUAUGCAUCAAGUAUCGAGAACGCACCCCCGAUGCCAACCAUAGCUGAUACAUGGCUCAGCGGAAAUAGUCAUAUUGCAAAAGUUAAGCCUCUUGACCUCUCACGUGGAAAUGUGAACCGAUUUAGGGAUUCAAUGGCAUCAUCUCUUCUUGAGCCUCUUCGCGAAGAAGCAACUCUUGAACCAAAUCGGAAAUCUUUUGUGUCAUCCGACGGUGGAUCAGAUAACGCUAAUGUGAACAACAACGAUUCUGAUGUUCAAGCAGGCGCAAGCUUUUAUGAGGACGGAAGUACAGAAGCCAGCGGCUCUCUUCGAAAUAUAAGCCAAGCCUUGGGUGAUGACGGCGAGGAAGAAGACUUGGAACUUCAAAGUUUUUUGGCCGGAGAUUCUUGGGAUGAUAGUAAAUGGAUGAAAGGUGCUCUUAUUGGACAAGGAUCAUUUGGAAGCGUUUAUCUUGCGCUACACGCAGUAACAGGCGAGCUUCUUGCGGUUAAGCAAGUUGAGACUCCUGCACCUGGAGCAAAUAGCACCAGCGAUACAAGGAAGAAAGGCAUGAUUGACGCGCUCAAGCGUGAGAUAAGCCUAUUACGGGAUCUACAACACCCUAAUAUUGUUCAGUAUUUGGGGGCAAGCUCGUCUACAGAUCAUCUCAACAUUUUUUUGGAAUAUGUACCUGGAGGCUCCGUGCAAACCAUGUUGAAUUCUUACGGUGCUCUUCGAGAACCACUGAUUCGGAACUUUGUACGACAGAUUGUGACCGGACUAGCAUACCUCCAUGCAAGAGAAAUAAUACAUCGCGAUAUCAAAGGUGCUAACAUUCUGGUUGAUAACAAAGGUGGCAUUAAAAUAUCGGACUUUGGUAUUUCCAAAAAAAUUGAGGCUUCCAAUCUACUGAACGGAGCUGGAAAUAACAAGAACCGACCUUCUCUACAGGGAUCGGUUUUUUGGAUGGCACCUGAGGUUGUUAAGCAGACAUCUUACACUCGAAAAGCUGACAUAUGGUCGCUUGGGUGUCUUGUCGUUGAGAUGAUGACUGGUACACAUCCAUUUCCAGAUUGUUCUCAACUCCAAGCUAUAUUUAAGAUUGGCGGCGCCAAGAUUGGUCCAUCCAUUCCUAACCAUGCUAGCGUUGAAGCCCAAACAUUUUUAAAGCGUGCUUUUGAGGUAGAAUUUACCAAGCGACCAAGCGCUGAAGAGCUUCUGUUCAGUCCUUUUUUGAACCCUAUAACAUGA